UUAACAAGAAAAUAUGGCGCCAAGCAACGUACCAGCGGCCCUGCUCCUGCUCCUGCUGCUGGCCUCUUCCGGCCCUCUCCGUCCUACGCUAUCCGGCGCAGCGCCGCUGGAGCCCGUCGCGGUCAGCCUCCUCGCCGGCGCACAGGAAAAGGGAGCAGUUUGCUUGGACGGGACCCCGCCGGGGUACCACCUGCAGAGAGGCUCCGGUGAUGGAUCCGGCAGCUGGCUCGUCCAUCUAGAGACCUAACUCCCAAAUUAUGUUUGGCGUCAAGCACAUGCCGCCCACUCCACGUCUUUUUUUGGACCAAAAGAUGCCUUCCUAAAUGCAUGAUGGGAUGUUUAGCAAGUGGACUCAAGGUAAGCUAAUUAAUUAGUUGACAUGUAUAUUUCCUCAACUGAAAACACCCAGGGAGGAGGCUGGUGCAGCACUGUCAAGGAUUGUUCUGGUCGCAGAAUGUCUGUUCUUGGUUCAUCAAACUUCAUGAAACCACUACAGUUCACCGGCCAUGGAAUUUUUGACAGUGAUGAGAUAUAUAAUCCUGAUUUCUACAACUGGAAUAAAGUCUAUGUGCGGUAUUGCGAUGGGGCGUCAUUUGCUGGGGAUGCAGAAGGUCAAGCGCAGGAUGGAACCACAGUUUACUUCAGAGGGUUGCGCAUCUAUGAAGCAGUUAUUGGCGAACUCAUGGAAAAAGGACUCGCCAAUGCCACACAGGUGCUCUUUACAGGUUGUUCUGCCGGAGGUCUAGCCACGAUACUGCAUUGCGAUGAUUUUAGUGCACGGUUUCCACAGCAGGUUUCGGUUAAAUGCUUUGCGGAUGCUGGGUUUUUUCUUGACGUCAGAAAGGAUAUAUCUGGAGAAAGGUCCUUUUGGUCUUUCUACAACCGAGUUGUACAGCUCCAGAAUGUUAGACAAGUGUUGCACAAGGACUGUCUUGCCAACAAGGACCCAACCGAGUGUUUCUUCCCCACAGAGCUUAUUAAGAGCAUCCGCACCCCAAUGUUUAUUCUCAACUCUGCAUACGAUUCAUGGCAGAUACAGAAUGUUCUCCUACCGACUUCAUCUUCCCCUGAAAAGUCAUGGUUGAGUUGCAAGGACAAUAUCGGAAACUGCAAUUCAACCCAAAUUAAAGUUCUUGAUGAAAUCAGGAACACAAUGAUCAAUGAUUUGAAGGUCAUCAAUGAUAAGGCAGACUGGGGCAUGUUCAUUGAUUCAUGCUUCACUCACUGCCAAACGCUCUUUCGCAUCUCUUGGAGUUCACCAACAUCCCCAAGGCUGGGAAAUAAGAAUAUUGCAAAGGUUGUUGGAGAUUGGUACUUUGGAAGGAGCCAAGGAGUGAAAGAGAUUGACUGCGAGUAUCCGUGCAAUCCAACAUGCAAUAGUCUGCCGCCACCAUGAUUUGUUACUACUCCCUCCUAUCCAUAUUAAUUGACGCUGCUUUAGUAUUGUACCAAAGUAGCGUCAAUUAAUAUGGAUCGGAGGGGGUAUAUUGGAUUGUGUUGAUAUUUACUAUGUAAAGAUUCAAGGCAAAAACACAAUCUUCAUAUUGAA